CAUCACAGGCGGCAGCCGGCGUCCUGCCAGUAGUCAGUCAGUGUCACCGCGGACAAGAUGGCGGCUGUACGAAGUAUCGGAGCGCUGACCCGACUCGGCGGGAGCACAGGUUUCACCUGCAGAUCCCUCUCCAUAUCGUCUGCCAUGCACUCAAGGACCCACGUCAACUAUGAGGUCAAAAAAGACGUUGCCGUUGUCCGAUUUAACACCCCAAAUUCUAAGGUGAACACACUGUCCAGGCAGCUACAGAGCGAAUUCAGCGACGUCAUGGACGAAGUCUGGGCCAACGAUGCCGUGCAAAGCGCCGUCCUGAUCUCCGCCAAACCCGGCUGCUUCAUCGCUGGAGCCGACAUCAACAUGAUCGAGGCGUGUAAGAGCGCACAGGAGGUCACCGAGCUGUCUGAAGCUGGCCAGAAAAUGUUUGCAAAACUUGAAAAGUCCCCAAAACCCAUCGUAGCUGCCAUCAAUGGCUCCUGCCUGGGAGGAGGCCUGGAGGUGGCCAUUUCCUGCCAGUAUAGAGUGGCUACAAAGGACAAGAAGACCGUUCUAGGGACCCCUGAGGUUCUGCUUGGCCUGUUUCCUGGUGCUGGAGGGACGCAGAGGCUCCCCAAGAUGUUGGGUCUUCCAGCUGCCUUCGACAUGAUGCUGACCGGGAGGAACAUCCGCGCUGACAAAGCCAAGAAGAUGGGAUUGGUAGACCAGCUCGUAGAUCCCCUGGGUCCCGGCCUGAGCAGUCCUGAGGAGAGGACCAUGCAGUACCUGGAAGAGAUGGCCGUAGACUACGCCAGGGGAAUCGUCAACAAAACCGUCUCGCUGAAGAAGCAGAAAGGGCUGGUAGCGAAGAUCACAGACUAUGUCAUGUCCAUCCCAUUCGUAAGGCAGCAAAUCUACAAAACCGUGGAAAAGAAAGUGCAGAAGCAGACGAAGGGUCUCUAUCCGGCUCCCCUAAAAAUCAUCGAGGUGGUGAAGACGGGUCUGGAGCACGGCCAGGAAGCUGGAUAUCUAGCAGAGGCCCAGAAAUUCGGAGAACUGGCAAUGACCAGUGAAUCGAGAGCAUUGAUUGGCCUGUAUCACGGACAAGUGCUGUGCAAAAAGAACAAGUUUGGCACUCCACAGAAAGAAGUCAAGAACCUGGCUAUCCUCGGUGCGGGACUGAUGGGCGCUGGUGUUGCGCAGGUCUCUGUAGAUAAAGGUAUACAGACCAUUCUGAAGGACACGACAGUGGAAGGUCUGGGCAGAGGACAACAACAGGUGUACAAAGGCCUCAAUGACAAGGUAAAGAAGAGGACGCUGACCUCCUUCGAGCGUGACAGUGUGAUGAGUAACCUGACAGGACAGCUGGACUACACGGGGUUUGAGACGGCAGACAUGGUGAUCGAGGCCGUGUUUGAGGACAUCAAGAUAAAGCACAAAGUGCUGCAGGAAGUGGAGUCGGUCACCCCUCCUCACUGUAUAUUCGCCAGUAACACGUCCGCGCUCCCUAUCGGUCAGAUUGCGGCGGUCAGUAAGAGGCCGGACAAGGUGGUAGGGAUGCACUAUUUCUCUCCUGUGGAUAAGAUGCAGUUGCUGGAGAUUAUCACGACAGAUAAAACGUCCCAGGACACCGCGGCCUCAGCUGUAGCUGUUGGACUGAAGCAGGGAAAAGUCAUCAUUGUGGUGAAGGACGGGCCGGGAUUCUACACCACCCGGUGCCUGGGCCCAAUGAUGGCUGAAGUGGUGCGUGUUCUGCAGGAAGGGGUUGGCCCCAAAAAGCUGGAUGCCCUCUCUACUGGUUUUGGGUUUCCGGUGGGAGCUUCCACUCUGGCAGAUGAAGUGGGCAUUGAUGUGGCGGCUCACGUGGCGGAGGACCUGGGGAAAGCUUUCGGGGAACGGUUUGGAGGAGGCAACAUUGAGCUGCUGAAAGCCAUGGUGCAGAAGGGCUACUUGGGCCGUAAAUCGGGGAAAGGAUUCUACGUGUACCAGCAGGGAGUAAAGGAAAGGUCCAUCAACUCCGGGGCUGAGGAGAUCCUGGAGAAGUUCAAGCUGAGCUCCAACCCUGCGGUCUCCUCCGAUGAGGACAUCCAGCUCCGCCUGGUCACCCGAUUUGUGAACGAGGCCAUCAUGUGUCUGCAGGAGGGAAUCCUAAGUAACCCAGUAGAGGGCGAUAUUGGCGCAGUGUUCGGGCUCGGCUUCCCACCGUGCCUUGGCGGUCCGUUCCGGUACGCAGAUGCUUUCGGAGCAAAGCACAUAGUGGAGAAGAUGCGGAAGUACGAGAACGUGUACGGAACGCAGUUCACACCGUGCCAGCUACUGAUUGACCACGCCAAUGACCCCAGCAAGAGAUUCCACCACUAACCGCCCGCGUACUGGGUUCUUUAACCACAGUGUAAGCACUAUAAGACCAGCGAUUGUAAGGAGGCUGCGGUAGAGUAACCGAGGUGUAUACCACCUUUUAACCCUGCUAAAGAUUUGAGCCGUUAUGUGCCUUAGAUGGGAGAUUUUUCCGGCACCGUGUUCCUGCCACGUUCAAGCUUUCUCAAUGGAGUUUCAUUUUGUUUUGCACUAAUCGCUGGCUGAGAGACUCUAACUCAGAUGUCCCCUGUGUGAGAGGAAAUGAGGUGACUCGCCCCACAGCAAUGCGUCCGUUCCAUGCCAUGUGAGCAUCAAUAAACGUUUAUUUCCAA